GAUUCCAGCAAGGUCUCAGACUGCCACACACAAUUCCGCCCACCGCUUCCACGGCCUCCGCCACACAUUCCAGCAGCAUCGCGGAACUACGACAAUCACACUCGGCGUAGCCGGCUCGGUUGACUUCCCCGAGAUGGCUCCUGCAGUGCCAACAUGGGCCACUCAGGCUCGCGAGCUUCUCACCUCGGCAGUCCGCACCGCUCGCAGCACAGAGCCCAGUACCAACGAUGUCGUGGCCCGACUAGGUCCCUUGGCCGCCCGCUCGGUGCUGCUGGCGCGCGACGGUGAUAAGCCGCCACAGCCCGACCCGCACAAGGGCGCCGUCAACUUCAAAGACAUCAACAACGCCGGCAUGUUUGUGCUCUUUGCCCUGAUUGGCGUUGGCUUCGUCAUCACCAUCAUCUGGUUCUUCUUCUGGGCCAAGAACGGCGGGUUCUACUUCAAGGAGAACGACUGGGAGGACUACAAGUCGACCGUGCUCCGCCGCAAGGGCCCCAACGGCACCAUCCUCUCCGGCGCGACACCCAGCACCCAGCUCGGCGGCGGCAGCGUGUACAAGGAUUACGACGAUGUCAGCACCGAGUACACAGGUGGGCUGACGCAGAUGACCGGGGACUCGGCGGAGACGGGCAGCACCCUAACUGGAAUCACCGGCGGCGUGUCAGACUUUGUCGGCCGGGAGAAGCGCCGGGAGAAGCGCGAGAGGAAGGAGCGCGAGCGGGAGAAGAAGAAGGACCGCAAGAAUCGCGAACGCUCUGCUAAGCGCCGCGGCGGCGAGGACGGCGUGCUCGUCGACGAGAUGGCUGAAGCGACUGCCCAGGAUCACCUCCGUGCCUAUCGUCACGAGAAGCCCGCCCGCGUCGGAGGCAUCAACAAGGCAAGCGAGGGCAGCGAGUGGGACGGCUCGACACACCCGGACAACUCGACUUCCGCCAGCAGCGACCUUCUCAGCCACCGUGACGAUGCUUCCAGUGUACCCCCGUCCAGACCGAGCCGCGCCGAGAGACAAGAGGCACGCAAGAACGGCGGCAUCCGCAAGGUUUACAGCACUGCUGACCGUACAGCAGACAGGGAGCAGGAACGCAUGCGUGCGGAGGCCAAGCGUCAAGCCAACAGAGACCGGUCUGCCGGCGGUUCCAGCAAGCCCAAGCGCGACUUCAGCUUCCAGCGGGCCGAGACUCGACCUACCCUUGGCAACCGCGGACCCAGCACGAUCGAGGAGGAGGCAGACAUUGGCAUGCAGGGCCGGUACCUGCCUGUCGGUAGCUACGCACCUGAGAGCGAUCUCGGUGUCGAGAGCGACCUUGGCACCAAGUCCUACCACCACGUCAUCCCUGGCCUGUCCUCUAGCGCCGGCGGUAGCCAGGGCGGCAGCCAAGUGGGCAGCCAGGUCGGCAGCGACCUGUCGUACCAGGAGGAGAAGCGUAAAAAGCGCAGCCAGGGCCGCCACCGUCAGCGCGAGUAAGACGUGAUGAUACAGCCUUGGUCCUUGCUUGAUUGCGGUGUUUUCCUGCUUUCCUUCGCCCAUUGAGUUUGUUCAUGUUGGCCAGCAUCGCGUAAUUGAGAUUUUCUGUGUAUUUUCUGGGCGGCAUGCACAUCAAAGCACCACGACAACA